CUUCACCACCUCUCCUCGCAACUCUCUCACUUUCUUCUCUUCUUCCUUACUCCCAGACCCCUUGCCACCGCCUCUAUACAGAGCUGCGACGCGUCUAGACAGCGACCGUCUUCUUUUCUCUCACUUCCUUCACUCUUUACUAAUUUACGGCGAUAGGCAUCCAGCGCCGACACCUCUAUCCGCGUCUGUAACCGCGCUCGACCGGCCAACCCAUUUCUGACUUCGAAUUCUCCACCUUCACCUGCAAGUCACCCGGAUCUGCUGUCAAAAUGUCGGACAACGGAUCGCCCAACAAUAUGCAGAAGCCAGAGGAUGCUGGCCAGUCUGAGCAUCUCAAUAUCAAAGUUACAGACAACAACAACGAGGUCUUCUUCAAGAUAAAGCGCACCACGCAGCUGAAAAAAUUGAUGGAUGCUUUCUGCGAUCGUCAAGGAAAGAACAUCAACAGCGUCCGAUUCCUCUUUGAUGGGCAGCGCGUGCAGCCUACGGAUAACCCCGAGACGCUUGAUAUGCAGGAUGGAGAUACGCUUGAGGUACAUCAAGAACAGAUCGGCGGCACCUGCUAGUGUCCUUGCAGCUUCUUCACGGCCACAGGCGUAGUCCUUCCAUCCCUUCGCUUGACACCCAUUCGGUUAUGCUACUUCUUGACGACCACGAAUCUCCAUACUUUUCACGGCUGCUAUGCAAUGAGACAGAUGUUCAGCUGGCGGCGAAAUGAAGAUAGGAUGAAAGGUGGGCUUAUCAGUUUACGGAUUCUUGGUCGUUCCUGGCGUAUUGGUGUCAUAGGGGGUGCUCUGCAUCGUAUCCCCAUAUGCUUUCAUGUAAUUUAUGACACCAUUCGCGGGUGGUGCUGAACAUCGCCCAACAUUCCAAAGGUCUCUUCAAAUCCAAAUAUCUCUCCCAGCCCUUGCUCG